AUGCCAAAUGUGACUAUUAAAUGGAGGAAAGGACGAGAGGGUUUCGUCACAAGAAGGAGAGCAGGCUAUUGUAGACUGAGUCUGAGUCCUCUGUUCAACGGAUUUACAGCUUCAGAAGUGCUAGCGGUUCUUGUGAGCCCCCAAUAUCUAAGUAUCUUCAUAUUCCUCACUGGGUCCGCCCAUGUGGUCAUAUCUCAGGCUGCGGACCAACAUGCUGAGGUCUUUCGGCUUUCAAUAGCGUUUUCAACCUUUGCUGGUUCUUUCGCUGACCACAGAUCAAUGUUUGGCGCCGUUACGGAGUACAUUGAGGCCAUUGCCAAUCGUACUUUCGCACUCGUCAUCCUAAACGAGCCUCUGGUGAUACUUACCCGAACGAAACUUCUUCUGGUGAGAACAGAGCAUGUUCGUGUACCAACGGAGUCGAGGCUUUCAUUCAUGAUGCCAGUAGACUUUGACGUUGGCGCACGAAAGGGUCAAAGCGCCGCGUAG